GAAAUCAGAGGACGAGGAUGCUGUUUUUGUUCAACUGUCCAGUGUGAUGUGGUGCUGAAAACCGUUCAUCCGCGCUCUGACUCGAGUUUGGCUUCAGUGGGCUCCGUGCGUAAAAGGGGACAAACAUAUAACACAUUAGAAGCUGUUUGCAUUCAUGCAUGAGUUACUGAACUUAACAAGAGUGAUAACCUGUCGAGCCAGUGCCAACAAACUGGACCUGCGGGGCUCCGAGCUGAGAGCUUUGACUCUCUCGGACGCCUGCGUGUCAUAAACAUGAUGUUUACUUUCAAAUGAAUCGCGUCUCUGCAUGCGCGAGCUGUAUAAUUGCCAAUUAUUGUGCUCGGAGACACGCUUGCUAUUUCUUUGGCUGUGUGGAGCUGUAGCCUGGAUACAGGAGAGUGCGUCCUUGGUAUUUGUGAUUGUAAAGAGCUGGAGGAGAAAGAUGGCCGUGGGGGGAAGACUGAUAAUUUGAAGACUUGCCAGGGGUACAUUGUCAAAUUCAAAAGGCAUUUCAAAGAACCAAAACCAUUCACUUUUUUUUUAUUCUCUCUUCUUUUUUUCCUCUUCUUCUCUCGCUGUCUUUUUUUUUCUUCUUCUCCUUUCUUUCUUUUCGCACGGUUGCAGGCCGUUUGAAUCGACCAAUGGGCCUUCAAGUUAGAGACAUUGGAAUGUAAAUGAGCUCAGCGCGUGCUCCCGGCGCAGUGAAAGCUCGGGAUUGUUUAUUGAGCUCCCGGAGCCACGCGCCUGGCCCGGGGGAGUCGGUGCGCAGAAGAAUCACACAGCGGGGGCGGGGCCUCGCGACGAAGCGUGCGUCUCCGAAAAGGGGUGGGUGGGGUGUGUGUUGGGGGCGCGUGUUGAAAAAGAGGAGUGCUGCCAAAGUUUGGGUCAGAUCGGCUCGUGGAGUAAGCAGUCAAGAGAGACUUGGACUAGAGUUAGCCACACGGUCCCCCACGCGAAGGACACGAGAGCUGUGCACUGCCAAACCUUUUCCGCUCCUCUUCCUGCAUCCAUCACUUCGCACGACCUGUCAGCGAGAUGGAAACUACGACCAUCACCACCACGCAGACCGCAUUCACCUUUGGACUUACUGAGAGACGCGCCGGGCUCACCCUGCACGCCCCCGCGCAGGACUGCACCGUGCCCGCCGCGCACCCCAACACCGCCACCGCCGCCGGCUUCCAAAGCAAAACCAAGGUGCUGAAGAGACAGCGCUCCAGCUCGCCGGAGCUCCUGCGCUGCAAGCGGCGCCUCAGCUUCAACGGUCUCGGCUACUCCAUCCCUCAGCAGCAGCCCGUGGCCGUGGCCCGGCGGAACGAAAGGGAGAGGAACCGGGUCAAACAAGUCAACAUGGGCUUCCAGACGCUGCGUCAGCAUGUGCCCAACGGCGCCGCCAACAAGAAGAUGAGCAAAGUGGAGACCCUGAGGUCCGCGGUGGAGUACAUCAGGGCUUUACAGCAACUUCUGGACGAGCACGACGCGGUGUCGGCCGCUUUCCAGUGCGGGCUGCCGUCCCCGACACUUUCCAACAGCUACUCCGCCGACCCGGAGUCGCCUCAUUCCACCUACUCAUCAGAUGAAGGCGGUUAUGAGCCCCUGAGCUCCGAGGAACAGGAGCUGUUGGACUUUACAACCUGGUUCGACAGGUACUGAGGCUGACAGCAUCCACAGCACACAGCGGCGUCUGUGCGUAAAAGCGGCUGAAAUGCUGACAAAGACUUGACAAAAGGCUUCAGAUCAGGUCUUGCCCUCCGUGCUUGGAAGUGAUCUGUUGCCUCCCUCCCUCACCCGGGCUGCUUCUGCAGGAGCAAAGCAAUAGUGAGAGAGAGAGAGAGAGCGAGAGGGAGAGAGAGAGAGAGACUGUGUGUGAUAGAGAGAGGGAGCCUCUUGUUGCAUAGAGCAUGAACAUUCACCACAGGGAGGAGGGAGUUGGACUCGGUGUCACGUUGACGCGUGGAAGUAAAAGAACUGUUGAUGUUAUGAUUAAAUAAGUGCAAUUAAUACGUGACACAUCAGGCUCUGCAGAGGCGCUGCUGCAGCUCCAGAGGAGAGCUGAGAGGUUCACCGGGAGCAGGGCUGCCUGUCCUCAGCCUGCUGGAGGGCACAACACAGCGAGGAAGAUGCGUCCACAGACUUCUGUCGUCAUGUACAUGUGCCCUCCCCUCCCUCCCCUCCCCCCCUCUCCCCUCACACCCCCCCUUUUUAUACAAUAACAAAAUUGUAUCAUACAGUAACAUGAAGUUCUAUUUUUGUACAUUGAGUCAAACAAACAAUGUUCCUGAACAACAGCCACUGCCACUUUUUCCCUGACAGUGUUGUGUUGGGACGAGCUGUCAGUGAGGCAGCGAGUUUGGCGCGUCUGAGUUGUGUGAGUGGGGCAGCAAUAUCAAGGCUUCUACCUGUGACAGACUGUAGUUGUUUUGUUAUUUACAACUAGGUGGUAACGAGACUCUUUUUUUUUUUUUUUUUUAAUAAUUAAUGUAUGCACUUGUUCUCUGUUUCCCCCCGUAGCCUAAACAAAAUGUAAAUAUUCGA